AUGGCAGAAAUAAGAGAUUUUAAGGAAUGUGUGACAAAAUGUAUACUACAAGAAAUGAAAUCUUCUGGGGCAUUCUAUACUUGGAACAAUAAGCAGGGAGGUGCAGAUAGAGUGUACAGCGGGAUUGAUAGAGUGCUAAUCAACAAUGACUGGAUAUUAACAAUGCCAGACUCAGAGGUGUUCUACAGGAGUGAGGGGACCUAUGACAAUUUCCCUGCAAUAAUCAGAUGGGCUGAACUUCAGAAGAAGCAACACAUAUUCAGAUAUUUUAAUAUGUGGAGCAUUGCACCAAGUUAUAAGGAGACAGUGAAGCAAGGACGGAAAACCAAUAAGAAGGGGACCAAAAUGUAUGAGCUAGUGGGGAAGUUAAAUAAUUUGAAGGGGAAACUAAUGCAGCUGAACAGGGAAAUUUAG